UAUCACGCGGCUGUAUCGGAACAUACCGAAACCUCGUAUCCGCAUUUACUUCCUUCCUUGCUGUAGUUAGUUCUGGCCGGCGGACCAGAUUUGUAUCGCAGCCCCAAGUGGGCCCCCACUUCCCUCCUUUAUUACUUUCCUAAACUUAGAUUUUCCGCAGUUAUUGUUAUUAUAUGGAGCAAUAAAGAAUAAAAGUCAGAAAGAAAGAAGUGCAGAAUUGAGAGAUGGCUCUACCGCAAUGCCCAUUCCCAUCAUCAUCUCUCAGCCGCACCUCUAUCUUUCCCCACCAGUUGAAGUUCAGGUAUAAGCACAUUCCAGAUUUACCCUCCAGUGCCCGGAUUAGGAGGACCUGCUCUGCUGCUUUCUCUGCCUCGCCCAAUUCAUCCAUAACCUUUUUUCCUCAGUUGAUUGAAGCUUUAAUAAGUAGAAAAGACUUGACUGAAUCUGAAGCUGAAGAAUCUCUUGAGUUUCUGUUGGAUGGUGCAGACGAAGCUCUGAUUAGUGCAUUUCUUGUUCUUUUGAGGGCUAAAGGAGAAACCUAUGAAGAAGUGGUGGGAAUGGCAAGGGCUAUGAUAAAACAGUGUAGAAGAGUUGAAGGAUUAGAAGGCGCAGUUGUUGACAUUGUUGGCACAGGAGGUGAUGGCGCAAACACUGUAAACAUCUCAACUGGCGCUUCCAUUCUUGCUGCUGCUUGUGGUGCCAAAGUUGCUAAGCAAGGGAAUAGGUCAAGCUCAUCUGCUUGUGGAAGUGCUGAUGUACUGGAAGCUCUAGGGGUUGCUAUUGAGCUAGACCCCGAGGGGGUAAAAAAGUGUGUAAAUGAAGCAGGAAUUGGAUUUAUGAUGUCCCCCAUCUACCACCCAGCAAUGAAGAUUGUUAGUCCUGUCAGGAAAAAACUAAAAGUCAAGACAAUAUUUAAUAUCCUGGGCCCAAUGUUAAAUCCAGCCAGAGUUCCUUUUGCUGUUAUUGGAGUCAGCAAAGAAAACCUUGUCUACAAAAUGGCUAAAGCAGUUCAACGUUUUGGCAUGAAAAGAGCAUUGGUAGUUCACUCAGAAGGCCUAGAUGAGAUGAGUCCUCUUGGAAGGGGCUCAAUCCUUGAUGUUACUCCAACUAAGAUUGAGAAAUUCCCAUUUGACCCAUUGGAUUUUGGCAUUCCACGCUGCACUUUGGAGAGCUUGAAAGGUGGAUACCCCGACUACAAUGCUAUGACACUUAAGCGAGUUCUAUGCGGCGAAAGCGGACCAAUUGGUGACGCAUUGGUGUUAAAUGCAGCUGGAGCUCUCUUUGUCAGUGGGCUUGUAGAAAGUUUGGGUGAAGGAGUGAGUCUUGCUCGAACAACAUUACUCUCAGGCAGAGCUUUGGAUGUUCUUCAUCUUUGGAUUCAAGUUUCAAAUAAUGUCAAAGAGUCAUCACAUCUCAGCAGUCUAAGCAUAGGCCCCCACUAAAGUGGGCCCGGCUAACUCUUGACGAAUUUUACAACGAUGGUCACUCCAAAAUCCAAAUGCUUGGCCAGCUGAGGAGAGUACCUAUCCUGCUUCUUUUCGUUGGGAAUACCAUCAUAAUAAAAAAUAAUAUUAGCCUUAUAGAAGUACUCCGUAUAUUUUUUUGGUACAUUGGAAAAUAACAUUAGCCUUUAUUGUCACUAUAAUUUAUAGAGAAAUAAUAUUAGCCUUUAUUAUUAGUUUAUUACUGUGCAUUUAUUUCUAGUGCUACAACUCUAGUGGUAAUAUUGUAAUAGUAAUAAGAGAAAAUAUAUGGAGCA